AUGGCCAGCCCACCGCACGCCGCCGUCUGCCGCCUCACGUCCACCACCCGUUUGAACCCCCACCGUCCGGCCAAUCCCGCAACGCGUUCGUAUCCAGGGCUCUCACUGCCCGCAGCCUCGUCGGUCGCCCCUCUCUCUUCCGUAUCGGCCCUCCCCUCCUCCGCUCUCGCUCGCACUUCUUUCUCGCUAUCCCCUCCGUUGUGCCCGUCGGUAACGUUCAAUUCGAUGGAGGCGGCGUGGCGGCGCUACCACCGGCUGAGGGCGGCACUGGAGCGACUGGACGAGGCGGCAGCGAGGGAGAGGGGCAGGGCGGCGGGGCAGAGGGGAGGGCGUGCUACUGCCGCCGGUGCUAAUAGCAGUGGCAGUGGCGACGGCGGUGGUGCUGUGCUGUCGACGCUAGAGCGACUGGGCGUGGAGCGACAGCGAGUGCUGCAUGCGCUGACACGUGCUGAGGCCCGCGCUGGCGUGCUGGAGCGACUCGUGCGCAGCCUAGCGCAGGUGCUUGCUCCCGUAUGCACCCUGCACUUGGAUGUGUUUCCACGUGCUCAUUGCCUUCCUGCACGUGUCAUCUCACACCAGUUAAUGUGGCCUGCCUGGCCUCACAACGGUGUCCACCCCGUGUCUUCCCUCCCUGUCCUUGACAUGUCUGGUUGGAGCCUGGGCGAGGGGUGCCAGCAAGGGGCCAUUGCAAUGCGCGAGCGCCGCCUUCUCGGCUCGGCAUCAGUGACCCGCACCCCAUCCACAGCAGCCCUGCAGCGGCCGAGGCUGCCCGCAGCACGGGGCAGCAGCAAGUGGAGUGCAGCAGCAAGGGGCCGCGGGCAGGGGAGUGAAGCGCAGCAGCGGCAGCAGCGAGCACAGGGGCGGCGGGAGAGGAUCCUGGGGAUGUACCUGGGGGAGGUGCAGGGGCUGCAGGAGGAGGUGCAGCGCAAGGUGGCUCUGCUGGAAGAGGUGCUGCUCGCACGCGAGGGGGAGGCGAGGAGGGAUGAGCGCUUUGAGGCGCGUCCACGUGGGAGUGGCAGUGCAGGGAGGGAGGCGGCAGGGCAAGCGGUCGGGAGUGGUGAGCGGAGAUGGAGUGAUGCUGUGAGUGGAGCGAGGGAAGGUGGGCACGGGGAUGGGGGAGAAUAUAAGGGGCAGCAGAGCAAGGCAGACGGGCAGAAUGGGGUUGAUCAAGGCGGGUGGGGGAGCAGUGGGGAGGAAGGAACGGGUGAAGAAAGGGUUAAGUUGCAACAGGCAAGGCAGCUGCUGGUGCAGCUGCAGGCACUCGAGAAGAGGUGCGGCUCCAUUGUCCUGGCUCCCUUGCUGCCGUUUGUCCAUCUGCAGUGUGCAUGUGUCUUGGUGUGUGCAUCGCGCACCUACACUCUGUCUCCCCUAUCGCGCUUGCACUCUUUCACUAUCGCCGUUAUGCCCUUGUCACUAUUGCACUCGCACUCUUUCCCCCCCGCACUUUCCAUGCCAUUUUCACCCCUUUCUUGA